GGGAGGGGCCAGGCGGGCCGCGCCGGGAGGAGGGGCGGCCGCAGCUGCAUCCAGCCCCGUUUGGCUUGCUUCCCAGCUCUCCUUCGCCGCCACCUCCUCCUCUUCCCCGUGUAUGAGUCAGGCAUUUCCCGGGGAUUUGGAGCAGCCACGCGCGACCCGGGAGCCCGGAGCUGUAGCAGCAGCAGUGGCGGCAGCACCAGCAGCAGCUGCAGCCGCCGCGCCGGGGCCGCCACCCGCGUCCCCGGCGCGCUCAGACCAUGGAGAAGGCGGCUCAAGGCGCAGACGGCGGCGGAGGAGGCAGCAACCACAGCAACAGCAGCAGCCGCAGCAGCAGCCGCGCCACUUCGGCCGGCUCCUCGCCCGCCUGCUCCCUCGCUGGCCGUGGGGUGGCGAGCCGGGCGGCGGUAGCGGGGCUCGGCGGCGGGGGUAGCCGCAGCAGCCCGGGCUCUGUGGCCGCUAGUCCGUCCGGAGGAGGCGGCCGCAGGCGGGAGCCGGCUCUCGAGGGCGUGCUCAGCAAAUACACCAACCUCCUCCAGGGCUGGCAGAACAGGUACUUUGUCCUGGACUUUGAGGCUGGCCUUCUGCAGUAUUUUGUGAAUGAGCAAAGCAAGCACCAGAAGCCUCGGGGCGUCCUGUCUCUGUGUGGAGCCAUCGUCUCCCUGAGCGAUGAAGCCCCCCACAUGCUGGUCGUGUACUCUGCCAGCGGAGAGAUGUAUAAACUAAGAGCUGCCGAUGCAAAAGAGAGACAGUUUUGGGUGACUCAGCUCCGAGCUUGUGCCAAAUACCACAUGGAAACAAAUACGAAGACUACUCCGAGCUCCCGAAGCCGAAGUCUCACUUUGCUCCCCCACGGAACACCCAAUUCUGCGUCUCCCUGUAGCCAGAGACACCUCAGUGUGGGGGCCCCCGGUGUUGUCACAAUCACGCAUCACAAGUCGCCUGCAGCCGCCCGAAGAACCAAGAGUCAGUACCCCGGCCAGCUCCACGAAGUCAGAGAGAUGAUGAAUCAGGUGGAGGGACAGCAGAAGAACCUGGUGCACGCCAUCGAAUCCUUGCCGGGCUCAGGCCCUCUCACUGCCUUGGACCAGGACCUGCUGCUCCUGAAAGCUACCUCUGCUGCCACCCUCAGCUGCCUUGGGGAGUGCCUCAGCCUGCUCCAGCAGAGUGUGCACCAGGUGGGCCAGCCCGGCCACAAGCCUGGGGCCCCAGAAAACAUCCUGGGAUGGCAUGGGCCCAAGUCACACUCCACAGAGCAGCUGAGGAACGGGACCCUCGGCUCCUUGCCACCAGCCAGUGCCAACAUAACCUGGGCCGUUUUACCCAACUCCGCCGAAGACGGGCAGACCCCGCAGCCGGAGCCUGAGCUACACUCAGGCCCUGACUUGGUCCUAUCGGAAGAUGAGAAGAGCGACAAUGAAGACAAGGAAGAGACAGAGCUGGGUGUCAUGGAGGACCAACGCAGUGUGAUUCUGCAUCUCAUCUCGCAGCUCAAGCUUGGCAUGGACUUGACCAAGGUGGUGCUCCCCACUUUUAUCCUGGAGAAGCGGUCCUUGCUAGAGAUGUACGCAGACUUCAUGGCGCACCCGGACCUGCUGCUGGCCAUCACUGCCGGGGCCACGCCCGAGGAGAGGGUCAUCUGCUUCGUGGAAUAUUAUCUCACAGCCUUUCACGAGGGCCGCAAGGGGGCCUUGGCCAAGAAGCCCUACAACCCCAUCAUCGGCGAGACCUUCCACUGCUCCUGGGAGGUUCCCAAGGACAAGGUCAAUCCCAGGAGGACUGCUACUGCUUCCCCAUCUCCAGCUGACCCUCACGAGCGCCCCCCGGCCGACGACCCUUCCCAAAGCUACAAGCUGAGGUUUGUGGCCGAGCAGGUGUCCCAUCACCCGCCCAUCUCCUGCUUCUACUGUGAGUGCAAGGAGAAGAGACUGUGCGUCAACACUCACGUUUGGACCAAAAGCAAGUUCAUGGGCAUGUCCGUGGGGGUCUCCAUGAUAGGGGAAGGCGUGCUGAGGCUGCUGGAGCAUGAGGAAGAGUAUGUGUUCACCCUGCCAAGUGCCUACGCGCGGUCCAUCCUCACCAUCCCCUGGGUGGAGCUCGGAGGCAAAGUCAGCAUCAGCUGUGCCAAGACCGGGUACUCGGCCACGGUGAUCUUCCACACAAAGCCCUUCUACGGCGGCAAGGUCCACAGGGUGACGGCAGAAGUGAAGCACAACCCAACCAACACCAUCGUCUGUAAGGCCCACGGGGAGUGGGAUGGCACCUUGGAGUUCACUUACAACAACGGAGAGACCAAAGUCAUCGACACGACCACCUUGCCCGUGUACCCUAAGAAGAUCCGACCUCUUGAAAAGCAGGGGCCCAUGGAGUCCAGGAACCUCUGGCGGGAGGUGACCCGCUAUCUGCGGCUAGGGGACAUCGAUGCAGCCACAGAGCAGAAGCGGCGCCUGGAGGAGAAACAGCGGGUGGAGGAGCGCAAGCGGGAGAACCUGCGUGCACCAUGGCGGCCCAAGUACUUCAUCCAGGAGGGCGAUGGCUGGGUGUAUUUAAGUCCCCUCUGGAAGGCACACUGACCAGGAGGAGUGCAGAGCUUUCUGAAAUAGCCCUGUUUUUCUUUUCUUUUUUGGAGGAAUUAAAAGUGGUACAGUAUCAA